AUGCUUGGCGAUUUCAAUGGCCAUAGUACGUUGUGGGGUUCAAAUAGUACAAAUUCUCGUGGGCAGCAAAUAGAACAGUUCAUUUCUAAUAACUGUCUAUGUUUACUCAACAAUGAUGAAAAGACGUACUUUCACGAGCCUACACGUACCUUCCACAGUCUUGAUUUGGCCAUAUGUUCUCCCGAACUUCUGCCGUUGCUAACUUUUGCUGUUAGCAACGAUUUAUACAAUAGCGAUCACUAUCCUAUUAUAGUCUCCCAUGCUGAUGGCGGCGGUGCGACUUAUUGUCCUCCGCGUUUCUUAUUCCAGCGGGCAGAUUGGAGUACUUUCUCUCAACUGGCAGAUAUCACAGAGACAAUGGUAAAUACAUCAGACAUCUCGGAAGCAGUUCAAAAUGUCGUUGACAGUAUAAUAUGUGCCGCAACUUCCACUAUUCCAAAGAGUUCACCACGUCUAAGAAAAUUUCGCAGACCGUGGUGGAAUGAAGCCUGUACCAACAGUCACAAGCAGCAGAAAAAGUUUUGGAACACCUUUCGAAGGUACCCUACAACAGAGAAUCUUAUAGCUUUUAAAAAAGCCAAAGCACUAGCUCGCCGCAUACGACGUCGUAGUCAGAGGGAAUCCUGGAUUCAAUUCAUAUCCUCUAUCACAUCCUCAACAUCCAGCAAAGUUCUAUGGAAAAAGGUAAAGGCUGCUAAUGGAAUAUAUCAUGAAUCCUCCAUUCCUGUUUUAAAUAGAGGGAAUGUGAAGUAUUCUGCCCCAUUAGACGUUGCCAACAUUCUCGGUCAAACAUUUGCACAGGAAGACCAUUAUGACGACCGUGAACAUGCCCCUGAUGAAACCCAUGUUGGUGCCCAUGGUGGUGCUCGUGAUGGUGACCGUGGUGAUGCCCAUGGCUGUGAUGAUGACCAUGGUUGUGAUGAUGGUUGUGUCCGUGGUGAUGAUGAUGGUGAUGCUCAUUCUUCGUGUGAAUAUGAAUAA